UUCUACCUUUUUUAUACAUAUAAAAUCUCUCUUUUUCUCUCUCUUUCUCUCUCUCUCUUUUCUUUUUUCUUUUUUUCUUUUUCUCUUAUAAAUAAAUUCUUUAAAUGUCUUCUAAACAUAAAAGUAAAGGCAGCAACAGCUCAAAUGACCCAUUACCAUCCUUAUGCUUAACAAUAUCCAGUGUGAAUUCAUCUACAAAAUCACUUUCAAUAAAGCACAGUAAUCAAUCGGAACCGAUAUUUGUUACACAUAGACCCACUUACGUUCCUAUGGCAACAGACAAUACUCAAAAACAGCCUAGACGAUGGGAUGAAUCUCAGUUGGCAUUAGAAUUGGCAGAGGAUGAUUUGACUAAAAGCAAGAUACCAAAAGAUAAUCAUAGACGAUUUAAAAGUAAAAUUUUUACUUCAUUCAGAAAAUUACAGCGCAGACUUUUGAGUUAAAGAAAGAAAAAGUCCAUUUUUAUUCUUUUGUGUACAGUGUUCAUUUUAAAUUGUUGCAAUUAAAAAAAUUGUUCAUUUUUGGCUUGCAUUCUAAACCAUUGAUUUUAUAUGUGUA